GUUUUUCAUCAGUCGAGAAGAUUGUGUCGAGUUUGGUUGAACGCAAGUCCGUAUCGUCGUCGUGUGGACGGACGUCCAUCUCCUCUGUAAAAAAGUAGUAUCGCUUUGGCUGCUGCUGGAAAAUUUGGACCGUGUUUUUGGAUUUAGUGCGACCAUAUUUCCUGCCAAGUGAUAUCUAGCGGUCAAAUACACCAAGAAUCUUCUGCAAGCUGGCAUUCAGUUGCAGUAGGAAUGAUGUUUUCGAGUGUGUUUCUGUAUUUCCUGCCAUGUUCGCAGUGAAAAAAAAUUAUCCGACUAAAAAACCAGCGGAAAAAGAAGGAAGUGAAUCUUGGUUGGUUGAGAAAGUUUUCAAGUCUGGCAUCUCUCCCAUCAGCGCCUUUCCUUUGUGGACGCUUCCUGCAAGGGUGGGAGGGAAGUGUAGUCAGCGGAAAGGGGAGAUUUUGCGUACUGAAACGGAGCGUUCCUUGGUGUCUACAGUUUCUACCUUCCACGGAAUCCGGAAGUAACGGGGCCUAGUUCUGGUUUUGAGUUCUUUUUAUUGCUUCCUCGGGAGAUCUGCGGCCUCGGAAAGAUAUAUUAAGUGAAGCUUUUCCCCAAGUGUUCUGUGGAUGGAAGAAGAAGCAUCGUUUUGGGUGUAUUUUGGUGUGAGUGGAAUGUUGAAAGUAGAUCGUAGAAAUUAAAAUUUUAUGGAAGCGAUCGGUAUUGAGGAGUAAAAUUGUGUUGACAUAUUAUAACUGAUUUACAAGACAUUGAUAGCAGUGAAUAUAAAACCGACCAUUCCGGAAAAUCAUAUAAAAAAUCAGUGGUGUUCAACAGAAGAAAGAAGGCUUGUGGGGUGGCCAGGGGAAGUCUGGAAUGCAGGCUGCCCGUUUCGGGUGCGGAAAUUUGCUUGUCGUUUGCAGGCAGUUCUGUUGCUGCUGUUGCUGCACUUACUGAAGGGAGGCUCUAUUAGUAUCGCCGCCGCCAUCUGCCGAAAAUGGGAGCCCAGCAGGUGAAGGAGCGUUCCUCCGGCGGCGGAGGCGGAAGUGCGGGCGGUGGUGGGACGAGUUCGUCUUUGGGAUUGGCCGGCAGUUCGAUUCGUUCCAGUCGCAACAAAUCACGGGUUCCGAAGGACUCACGCAUUCUUGGGUCGAAUAUCUUCACGGAACAUAGUGAAGCGUUGCUGCAGUCCCGCCCAUUGCCACACAUUCCACCACCCGGCAGUCUCAUUCCCGGUGACGUACUUGCUCAAAGCCAAGAUGGCUCGGAAAACCACACCGGAACGCUCCAUUCCCAGGGUAGCUCAACCACAGCUCAAUCCAGUUUCGAAAAUGCGCACCGAUGGACGUCCAAAGAAAACCUGCUGGCUCCCGGUCCGGAGGAGGAUGACCCACAGCUGUUCGUAGCAUUAUACGAUUUUAAAGCAGGUGGUGAAAAUCAGCUUAGUUUACGAAAAGGAGAGCAGGUGCGAAUACUAUCCUACAAUAAAUCCGGGGAAUGGUGCGAGGCGCACUCCGACUCGGGGCACGUAGGGUGGGUUCCCUCGAACUACGUCACCCCAUUGAACUCCCUGGAAAAACAUUCAUGGUAUCAUGGGCCCAUUUCUCGAAAUGCGGCCGAGUAUUUGCUUAGCUCCGGAAUCAAUGGAAGCUUCCUGGUGCGCGAAAGCGAAAGCUCCCCUGGCCAACGUAGUAUAAGUUUACGAUACGAUGGGCGAGUCUACCACUAUAGGAUAUCGGAAGACUCCGAUGGCAAAGUGUACGUAACCGCAGAGGCUAAAUUUAAUACCCUUGCCGAACUAGUGCAUCAUCACAGUGUUCUACACGAGGGCCAUGGACUGAUAACGCCACUGCUCUACCCGGCACCAAAGCAAAACAAACCCACAGUGUUCCCUCUGAGUCCCGAACCAGAUGAGUGGGAAAUAUGCCGAACGGACAUAGUAAUGAAGCACAAGCUGGGUGGUGGACAGUACGGAGAAGUGUAUGAGGCUGUGUGGAAACGGUACGGAAAUACGGUGGCGGUGAAGACACUCAAGGAGGAUACAAUGGCACUAAAGGAUUUCCUAGAAGAGGCUGCUAUAAUGAAGGAAAUGAAACAUCCGAACCUGGUGCAAUUAAUUGGUGUAUGUACACGAGAGCCCCCAUUCUACAUCAUCACCGAAUUUAUGAGUCAUGGCAAUCUGUUGGACUUCCUCCGCUCGGCUGGCCGAGAAACGCUGGAUGCCGUGGCGCUACUCUACAUGGCCACCCAGAUAGCAUCCGGUAUGAGCUAUCUGGAGAGCCGUAACUUCAUUCAUCGGGAUCUGGCUGCAAGAAACUGUCUUGUGGGUGACAACAACCUCGUGAAGGUGGCUGAUUUCGGGCUGGCCCGAUUGAUGCGAGAUGACACCUAUACGGCCCACGCAGGUGCCAAAUUUCCUAUCAAGUGGACUGCUCCCGAAGGAUUAGCGUAUAACAAAUUUAGCACCAAGUCGGACGUUUGGGCAUUCGGUGUUCUGCUGUGGGAAAUUGCUACGUAUGGCAUGUCCCCAUAUCCAGGGAUAGAUCUGACGGAAGUGUUCCAUCGACUGGAGUCUGGUUAUCGAAUGGAGAGGCCGCCUGGUUGUCCCCCGGAGGUAUACGAACUGAUGAGGAAAUGCUGGCAAUGGAACGCUCAGGAUCGACCAACCUUCAAAAGCAUUCAUCACGACCUAGAGCACAUGUUUCAGGAAUCAUCUAUCACUGAAGCGGUAGAGAAACAGCUCCAAGGUGUUACGCAAUCCGUACAGCUUACGCCGCAGAUGGCCAAGAAGCCACAGAUGGGUACGCAACAGGCACCACAGCUCGAACCGGUCAUCACCCCCAUCUCUGACACAGGGUCUAACUCAAAGCUCAGUACGUUCCCGAACAAACCAGCCACAACGGGGGUUCAAAUGCGACGUACCACAAACAAGCGUGGCAAGACGGCACCGGCGCCACCAAAGCGAACAAGCUUACUCUCUUCUAGUCGUGAUUCAACAUACCGGGACGAGGACAGUGGCAAGACUGGCGAAGGCGAUCAGAGCACAAACGGUAUAAUACCAAUCACAAAAUCGUCUUCUUGCAGUAGUUUUCUUAUCGAUAAGCUGUUUCGAGGAUUCACGCGGGAUAUUGCUAAUUUGGUAAACCGAACGACGGACUCCGAAAAUGAGCAAACUGAAAUAACACCCGACACCGAUACGGAUAGCCAGGAGCCAUGUGGAAACUUCCAAAAAUCAUCAUCUCAGCAAAGUUCCUUUAAACGUGUCCCAAUAAUGGGAAACAGGGGCCUAGAAACCCGCAGUAGUAAACGCUUACCUCAAGGAGCUCCCAGGAAGGAUCAGAACGGGCCAGCAAGUGGGCAACCGCCUACCGGAAUAACAGUAAAUGCUGCCGGUCAGCCAGUAGUUGGAGCGUUAGAAGUCCAAAAUGUGAAGAAAGCUAUCAAUCGGUAUGGAACUUUGCCCAAGGGAGCGAGAAUCGGAGCCUACUUAGAAUCUCUACGACAACCGGAUGGGUCUGCAGGACAACAGGUUCCUCAGCAAAUGCAAUCCAACUCUGUUCCCCCAGAACCACCUCCACCAAUGGCGGCCGCCAAUGUCAUUUCCAACAGCUUGUUGGCUGCCCAACGAUCUGCUGUCAAAAUUCAACAACAGCAGCCCCAGAUGAUUCGAAGUAACUCGUCCAGUGGAGUUACGAUGGCCAAUUCGGCAACCGCUAGUCUUUCAAAAUUGCAACGACAUAGAACAACUACUGACGGCUCUAUGAUGACGUUCUCAUCAUUCCGAGGCGCAGUAGGUAACAAUAGUCCUAAGCGAUCAAUGCCACCUACGCUGGCGGACUUGGAAUUCCCACCGCCACCUGUAGAUUUGCCUCCACCUCCAGAAGAAUUUGAAGUCCAUCAUCAUUCUGGCCCACCGAUGGAGAAAUUGAUGAAACCCUCGAACGAUGUGUCGAACACGGAACCCAGUGUCGAGGAGGCUAGUUCUAGAUUUGGUGUAAGUCUUCGCAAGAGAGAACCUUCCACGGAUUCGUGCAGUUCUCUCGGUAGUCCAGCCGAUGCUAUCGCCAAUAAUAGCAUGGAACCGUCCGUACCCAUUCCUCCGCCUCCAAGCUUGAAAGAAAAGCUCGAAUCGAAGUUCGCUGCUGAAAUCAAAGAGAAAGCAAAUGUGCCAAAGUCAGCUACAAACGUCGACAGUAGCCAUAAACCAACGUCAUCUGAUCCCGCAUCACAAUUAGUCAGUGAAUUAGCGGAAAGUAUGAAUCUACCUAAACCUCCUCCUCCGUUGCCUCCGAAUGACGUGGCGCAACAUUACAAGUCAUCCGAUGUAAGUUCACUACGAAGGACGAAGCCCGUUGACAGUGCUAGCAGUGCUGCGCCGCAGCCUCCUCAAUUCAAGGCACAGCUGAAAAAAAUCGACCCCAAACGAAUUCCGAAUCCAAUUCCAAAGAAAGAGGAAACUAGCAAUAUAAUAGACUUCAAAUCACGUCUACGCAAAGUAGAAAGUGGUGCCGAGUCGUCGACGGUGGUCAGCAAUGGCACAAGUCCCAUAGACAUCAGUGCAACAACGACCGGAAGUAGUGAUUCUAGUUCUGACAAUAAUAAUAAGCACCAUUCUAACAGUGUGAACAAUAAUAACAGUAACAUUUUGAACAACAACCAAACAACAGCUAAUGAUCACUCAAGUGACAGUGAGAUCAAAACCAAGAAAAGCGAACUGCGGAAUGGGACUAACAAAAAUGGCCCCGGUUCCGAUGCGGCGAAUAAACUACUGCAGGAGAACAAUGAGUUGAACAGUUUAAAACUUAAGAAGCCUUCUCCUUCUGUGGUCACAAGUGUGGCACCAAUCGAUAGUAAUAAGAUUAUCGAGUUAAAAAAGACUGAAAUAAAAAUUGAACUUAGUCAGGAGGAUAGGAAGCGAGAGAGUUUGGAAGGAAAUUCGGUUAAAGCUGAAGGAACUGUAACUGGCGGUGAUAAUUUAUCAACAGGAAGUGGGGGAACAGGUGAUGAAGGAGAUAAACGGAAAAGUACUGGUAGUAUCAGUAGCUUAAAAAAGCUUUGGGAAGCAAAAGAAGCGCCAAAUGAACAAACGUCUCAGUUAAGCCCCAAACUUGGGGUGAAGAGUGCCGCAAACACCAAGUUGAACAACAAUCUCGAAGACGAUAGCAAUGCCGUCAAUACUUCCAAUACAAUUACGACAUCGGCAAUGAAUAUUAAUGCUGACGAUCAUCAUCCACCGGUUUUCAACAAAAAGCCUGCUGUUCCGAUAAAACCAUCCAAAUUCUCAUCGAUAUACGCAACUCCUGUACAAACGCAAGCCCCGGUCCCCACAUCAAACAACUCAGCCAACAACACCACAACAACAUCGAAAUCAAACGAUAGCAAUAGCUCACUCCUCUCGGAAAAGUCGACAGGGUCCUCCUCGGCAUCGGCACUGUCAUCCACCGCCAGCAGUCGGGAGGGUAUCCUCGAGUUGGUACAACUGCUCGAGGGAAGUCUCAAGCUGCCGGUAAACUCGAUAUCGGCGUCGCAGUGGCUGCAGCUGAGCGAACGGCUUAACUCGCUCCAGUCCAGCUGCGUGAUGUUUGCCGACAACGAAACAUUGCCACCGCAUACCAAGUUUCACUUCCGCGAACUGGUGACCCGGGUAGAGAACCAGUCGCGGUCACUGCGAUCCGCCGGCAGUAAGAACGUGCAGGACAACGAGAAAUUGGUGCUCGAAGUUGGUCAAUCACUGAAACAAAUUUCGAACGCGCUUCACAGGGAUACUAGAACAAGCAGCCAUCAUCAAUUGCCAAUUCUGACCAUUAGCUAGAAGAGAAAGUGCAAAUUGCGCACGCUUGGCAGUGAUUGACCAAUCAGAGAAACAGAGAGAGAGACGCAAUCAGAAUAUUUGUGAUUAUAAUCCACUACUAUUAUUGUCGAGAGCAUUGUAACAGUGAUACAGGUAUAUUAGUUGUCUUCGGCUAUGUAGCUACGCAAAGCGAUACUUUCCAUUGCAAGUGCUUCACAAUUUAGAACUCUGCCUACACAAAACUUAUCAUCCUCUAUUUGCUAUUGUAUAAAAAAAAUUCCUUAUCCUAUCUAAGCAUGCUUACUUGUACGCGUUUUUUAUGAAGGAUCCUCUAAGAAUGGAAUAAAAUACAGUGAUGAUGCGCCCUGAUUUGAAAUAUAACUUCAUAUGAGGUGCCAUGCUGUCUGAUAACGAAUCCUCGUAAAGGCCAUUUAGAAAGAUCAGACUAAAAGGUAAGUUUAUAACAGAUUCACAAUUAUUCACGGUAAUUCAAGAAGGCAAAAAGUGAAACAGUUUUUAGAUUUUGUAUUCUAGCCAUAUAGCAACUUCAAAAGUAGUUUUGAUGGGCGUAUUUAGCAAGUUUUUGGCGUUCAAUAAUAACCAAUUGUUUUAAACCAUUCUUAUUUUGAGAUGAAGAAAUGCAUUCUCCAAAAGUUGUUUACCGAACCUAGCUAAUCUGGUUUGUUGAAUAGCUCUACUACACAUGUUCAAAUGUAGCAACAGCAACAAUUUAUCAAUUUUGAUUUUGCCCACAAUCGAUGUGCAGUAAACAUGCUUGAUUUCAUGUUUUUAUUAAAGAAGUUCUAAGUCUCCCAAUUUUAGAUCGUUCCGCUUUCUGGAAAAUCCUAGUUACGUGAAAUACCACGAACCUUACUUUGCAUACACACGGUGACAAAUAUUUUCCUUUACUCCUAAGUAUGGGAGUUAGUAGAUGCCUUAUGAACACUAACGAGGCGGCAGUAUCCCAGUGGAGGAUGCAGUGCCAUAAAAAAAGAAAACUUUGAUCGUUUGUUUGCCAAACCAACUUUGACAACUACAAAAUAGCGCAAAUUGCAGAAAAAUAAGGAUAGCAAUGUUAAUGUUUCGAUUCGAUAAAAAGGACUCCAAUUUAUUCGGAUUGGUUUGACCAAAUAAUGAUGUCCACAUGUGUCGUUUCUAUAGACACAUGUCUAUUGCAACGACGACAUUCUUUCCGUUAGUUGAUUAUUUGAAAUAGUUAUGACUGGAAUAUGGAAUUGGUUACUUUAUGUUAAUGCAGCUUCCACUUUUUGCCGAUUUUGAAUUUCUAUUGCUACGAAAUAAAAAACUUAUUGAACCAGUGAGCUCAACGCAUUUGGCGGAUUCGAAAAAAGAGUGAUACAAAGCCAUGGGGAAAAUGCCGUCGCUUCGAUUAUAAAUGCGAAAAGUUAUCUGCACUCGUGUAUAAACCAGCAAUUAACGCUCAAUUAUAUUGCCAAAUAUGAAGUGAAAUAAUUUUAAAUGAUUUUAAUCAAUAUGUCUGAUAGUUUUAAACAAUUGUGAAUGAAUUCAAAGUAUUGAAGAAAAAAAAGGAAAGUAAUCAGGACUGAAGUUUUUAAGAAUGAAUUUUUAAAUACAAUCUUAUCAAUUGUUUCAAUUUUAAACAUUCUCAUGGUUUUGGAUUGCAUAACAUUAUCUGAAAUCAAAUCAUUAUUAAAAGCAUGGAGACAUCAGGUUGAUUAUGCUUUAUUUUAAGCCAAAGAGCUUAAGACUUGUUUUUAUUUUUUUAAUUCGAUCAUUUUGUGAAACACCUUUAUAAUGAAUUGAAAUGGGUGUUUCAAUGUACAGAGCAUAUUCACAUUUUACGAUUGAAAGGAUGAAACAUGUAAGGUAUGUAGAAGCGUUGUUUCAAUGCAAACCCCGAAUUCGAUCGUGUGUAAUCUAAGUUAUUUAAAAACAACUAUCUCUAAUGGUAACAGUAAAAUGCUAGUCGUAAUCAAUUAUACACAUUAUCAAUAAACAGAGUUAUCAUGAACUAUACACGAGAAACAGCAAAAAAAAAAAAUCGUAGGCACGUGGUGAUCAAACGCGAUAUAAAUAACAGCGACUGAUUGUAACUGUCGUUCAAUAACAAAAGAAGACGUGCAAAUCGAAAUUUUUCCAACAAACAAUCUAAAUAUGAACUAAACCAAACAUCCAUAAACAAACUAUGAGUAUUGGCGUCAACGUCUCUCUAGGAAUUAAACGAAAUAAUCAAAGAAUGGAGAAAUCAAACGAAAUUGAGGGGCGUAAAACGUUUACUAAAUAUAUUUUUUGAUAAACUGAUAUGAUAAACAGCAUUCAUCGUAAUCGUACAUCUUCGUGACAUUCAUCGACACUCAUACAUACAGAAAUCGAACGUAAAGAUAUUAUUAAAUUUAGAAAAGUGAAUCAAAAUAAAUUAAAAAGAAAACGGAACAUUGACCGAGCAGGUAAUAAUGCAUGAUAAUAAGCCAAUAUUAUUACUCAAAUGAAAAAGUGAAUAUAAGUGUAGUAGUGACUUUAUCAAAAGUAUGAGAACAUAUUAUCAAACUAGUAACGAAACGUAAAAACCCAAGUGAAAAAGCGUGAUAAGGUAACAAGAAAUAUAUACACCCCUCUCUCUUACAAGACGAAAGAGAAACAAAAAACAUCCACAUACACCACUAAAUACGGAUACAUGUUGGAGAACGAAAGAAAAUUCGAUAACUUGCAGUAUAAAAACAAUAAAAAUACCGCUGUAAGGCAAUAAUAAUAACAACUAAA